GCCCCACACAUCUCCGCCCCAUAGAAGUGGGGUUCAAUCAGUGGGGCGCUGUUCUGCCGGGACCCCAAAUGGGCGCCCCACAGAUUUCUUUCGUUCUCCUCCUCAUCUUCAGCCCCACCGCUGCCCCACUGCCCCACUGCGAUGGGGACGGCCGGGAGGACGGAGUCCGGACAGUGAAGGCGUCGGAGCUGACGCGGGAGCAGCAAAUGUGCGGCCGCCCCAUGGCUGUGGGGUCGCGGCGUAACGUGGGGGGGGAGGACGCGGUGGAGGGGCAGUGGCCGUGGCAGGGCAGUCUGCUGAGGGACGGGACCCACAUCUGUGGGGUUUCCCUCGUGGCCCCACAGUGGGUGCUGACGGCCGCCCACUGCUUCCAAAGGAGCCUGGACCCCCGCUUGUAUGCGGUGCUGUUGGGGGUCCAGGAGCUUUCGGGUCCGUGGGGCCAGAACAGAACCGUCCCGUUGGAUCGCCUCCUCCCCCAUCCGGCCUACGCUGGGGAGGCCACCAGUGGGGACAUCGCCCUGGCCCAGCUGGCCUGGCCCGUCACUUAUGGGGCCACCAUCGCACCCGUCUGUCUGCCCGGCCCCAAAUUGAAUUUCCCUGCCGGGACCCAAUGCGUGGCCACCGGGUGGGGGGAUAUCGGGGAAGGAGAGGACCUGCCGUCGCCGCGGCGGCUGCAGGAGGUGGCGGUGCCGCUGAUGGCGCAGGCGCAGUGCCGCCGGCUGUACGGCACCGAGAUGGGAGCCGGCAGGCCGCCCCGCCGCGUCCGCGAUGAUAUGAUCUGCGCCGGCUAUCCGCAGGGGCUGCGCGACACCUGCAAGGGGUAUGAUCUGCGCCAGGUAUCCGCAGGGGCUGCGCGACACCUGCAAG